CCCCACUCAAACUUCCCUUCUCGCAAGCUUGAUCAGAGUGAAGGAGAAGUGUUCCAGUACGUUGUUCAGAAUCGGAGUCCAAUCACUCUUGUUCACGAUUGAAUCGACCGUGUGAGCCGGACCUGAGGUCACGAUUUCACAAUCACUCUCGAUCAGUUUCACCUGUUUUCCCGAUUCUUUCAUGUCCCGUUUCCAUGAUGAGAGAGGAUGGUGGACGACUGGAAUUCCCGUUGCUGAACGGAGGUAAUGCAUCAUCGUCGCCGCCGAGGCUUGGGAUCAGCAGAGCUCUCUGUGAGGUCAGCAACGGUGGAGAUCGGGAUCCUGAGGAUAGACUCCCUGAUCGUGUCCCGGAGAGCGCAGAGCCGGAAACAACUUCCGGUCGAUUUUACGACAGUGACGUUCAAACGCAUCUCCGCAAUGCGGCGGGGGGAAUCGCAGAAUGGGUCACGAAGUGCAUACAGAAUUUCACUAUGUUCCCGACCUACGUGGAGGAAGACAGGAAUGCGAACGCGAUAAAACGCGAUAAAUAUUACAGCUACGCCUUUCUCUUCUUGGCCAUGACCGUCGUGGUGGGGAUUUACAUCUUCCAGCAGCGUGCAGAGGUGGCGUUUACGGAGAGGACGAACGACCCCGUACCCCACCAUCCCGCGCUGACGUGUGGCUGCUCCACCGCCGGUCAGGACACAGGGCUGUUGAGGUCGUGCUACCAGAUCAAGAGCCCGGCAAUCGAGACGGUCACCAUCGUCUCGUUCCCGAACUUCACGUCGCCGGAUCUUCCCAACAUUACGUACGGUGGUGACCUGAGGUACUCGCGAGGAGGCUCGUCGGUCCAGCUCGUGUACAAAACUAUAAACGACGCGUAUCUCGAUUCCAACACGCUGACAGAGUUCAAUCUCUGGAUCGAGGACAAGAAGAUGUUGUCACCGCUGUACCACGACUACUAUCGGUACUUCGAAGAUAUGGAAACGGUGGAUUACAACAUCGACCACAUUCUCGACAACACCACGCUGUUCGAAUUCCCCUCGUACUUCAUGUUUAUGAUGGUGCAAUUCCAUUGCACGAAGUUCUCUGCGUGCAGCCCGGCCGUGAUUUUGUUCUACAUGGGCGACCCGAAGCUCCGAAGCCACGACAGUCGUUUGCCCGGGAGCUCGAUGGCAGAAAGCGAGCAGCUGCUGGCAAACUCGACGGCGUAUGUGGGCAACGAGUGGCUGACCUGCGGUGGCUAUGAUGGCAACAGCGAAUGGGAUCCUUUGAACAACUUCUACCGCGGCAGGUGUAUGAUAUAUCCCACGUAUCCCACCAUGUCUGCCAGAGUGAAAAAGCUCCUGUACUACUUAAGGUCCUUGAGUCUGCGGGGAGACCUGAGCAAUCUGGCGGGCUACUUCAACAGAUCGAACGUCGUCACCUUCGUGUCGCGCAUGGAGCAGGUCAAUCAGAGCAUUGUCAUUGACAAUGUGCCCAUGGUGAUGGGGUAUCUCGAGGUGGAGCCUGGGACGGCCCAGUGGUUGAGGAUGGCUGACGAGUAUCCGGGAGUGAGGUUCGAGUGCUCCGCGCCUAGUGGAACCAACUCUCGUGCCUGGACCGAGGUGUGCAAUGCUUCGUCCAUUUGCCUCUCGUAUAAGACGGCUGCGGAGGUGGGAUUCUCGAGCGUGAAGAUGACGUGCAUGGACUUCGACCGCUACAACUACACCAAUUGCGUGUUGCUCGCCAACAGCACGGGCAACUUCGAUCGGGUCGACGAGCUGUGCAAUCCUGCAGCGAACUGCCAAUGCGUGCCCUCGAGGAAGGUGAAGAGGCAAGUGGUGUCGGAGACCGCCCUCAACCAAAUGAACGUGAAGGUGGUGAAGAACGAGAUCGACACCAGUUCCAAGCUUGCAGUUUGCCGGAACGUGUACGCGAAGGUGGUGAGAUACUAUAGCCAGAGUCUGAAUCGAGACGUGUUCUUGGAGACUAAUUGCUCGCAGGCCGCAGGGGUGUGUACCAUCACAGGAAAAUACAAUUUGCUCGAAGAUGAAGCUGGGGCUGCUCCUCGAAAACUGGACGACAAGGAGGUCCAGGCCGCUGCCCACGACGCGAUGCCGUUCGUCUGUUCCGGGUACAAGAGGCAGAGUUGGCUCGACUGGGCGGUACAAACAUAUGGUGUGAUUCCAGGCUGGCUGAUGACCUUGUACACUAUCGCCAAUUUGUUUUACUCGAACUUCUUCGUUCCAGCCACUGGGCACGUCGUUGCUACCUAUACACCGAGUGAAUCUUCUUCGGAAGAUGAAGCCGGAGAACAGGACGGGAGCCAGCGAGGGCAAUUGGAGGUUAGUGUGCAGAGUUGAUGGUGAGAAAGUUCCCAUUGCGCUGACCUCAGCAACCGCACAGGUCAUCCUUACAGUCACGCUGGAAAGGAGGACUUUGCUGUCUGAUGAUACUCGUCGAUGAAACUGAAAUCAUUGCAAAAUAGAAAUGUUCGAUUAGUUCAGUGGGACAGAGUAUCGAUCAGCAAAUGUUUGAAACAAGACAGCCAACUUCCAUGUACUGGGUAGUCGGGUUGCACUACUCGUACCUGGUAUACACCAGCUGCUGGUGGCUAUUCAUCGACUGAAAGUUCUUCGGAAGACGAAGACAGAAGCCAAGACGGGAGCCAGCUAACGGACUCGGGGGAUGGUGGGCAAGGAGUACUUUCCAAUCGCACUGGUCGCUCAGGUCAACGACGUGGUCACACUGGAAAGGAUGAGUUAGCUAUUUUUGGAUGCGUUUCCACUACUCUGAUGAUCGUGGACGAAGAGAUUCCUAUGAGUACAAGAACUGCAGAGGUCAUGAAGAUAUCUCAGUACUUCAGUAGGGAGAGAGUAUGGAUUCGCAUCUGCUAGAAACAAGACAGCCAGUGUCCAUGUACUGCAGAAGACGAAAAUGGAGGAGAAGACAGGAACCAGUGAUCGGACUUGGAGAAUGGUGGACAAGGUUGAUUUCGGGGACUUUCCAAUGGCACUGGUUGCUCAAGACAGCGAACUGAUAAUCCGGGAAAUGCAGACAUCGCUGUUUGAGGAUGGGUUUCCACUACUCUUGUGAUCGUGGACGAGGAGACUUCUAUGAGUACAAGAAAUGCAGAGGUCAAGGAAAUAUCUCAGUACUUCAGUAGGGAGAGAGUAUGGAUUCGCAUCUGUUAGAAAGAAGACAGCCAACGUCCAUGUACUGGGUCGUUGGGAUGACUACCAGUGCCUGGUUCAUACCAUCCUCUGGUAGCUAUCCAUUGACUCAAAACUCUGCGCAAGAAAAAGAGAAAAAGAAGACAAGACGGGAACCUGGUGGGAUGGGGGAGAAGGUUGAUUUUGAGAAGUUUCCAAUCACAGUGGUUGCUCUGGUCAACGACAUGGCCACAAGGGUAAGGAAGAUGUAGCUGUUUUUGGGAUGGGUUUCCACUACUCCGAUGAUCCUCAUGGUCCUGGACGAGGAGAUUUCUAUAGCACAAGAAAUGCAGAGGGACUUCUGCAGCGAGAGAGUGUGGAAUUACAAAUGUUAGAAACAAGACAGCUAACAAACUCUAAAUUCAACCUUACUGUGGAGUUAAAUAAUAGAAGUGCAUCAUCCCCAUACAGUAGAUAUAAAAUGAUAUUAGAUAUUUCCUGUUGUGAUGAUAUUGGGACCCACCCCUCCAAAAGGAAGAAACCAUGGAUGGUUUCUUCCUUUUGCCAUAUUGCCAUAUAUUGCUUUUGCCAGUCUUCCUAUUGAAGAUGUACAAUACAGCAAAAGGAAGACUCCAUCCAUGGGGGGAUGGGUCCUAGUAUCAUCACAACGGGAAAUUUCUUAUAUCAUCUUAUAUCUUCGGUGCUCUACCGCACCUUGCUCGUUAACUUGUGUUCUUGGACAAGCUCUAUGAAUAAUACAAAUGUCUGAAAAGGGGUGUUCGUUGAGGU